AGUAGAUGUCCAGGAGCUCUGAGCGCACACGCCGCGCUCUCCACUACAUCGCACCACUGCGGUAGGAGCGGGGAAGGCAGCAGCAGAGAGGGGGGACCCGGCAGGCACACUUCACUUGUUCCUGCACAUAAAAAAAAAAGAAAACACAAUCCAAGUGCAGAGCGCGUCUCUCUGCUGACUUCACCACAGAGGAGGACUUUACCUGAGAGGACAUAAUAGGCAACAGCUCCCCGGGGCAAUCCUUACAGCCCAGCGAGAGCGAAGGAGGGAGAACUUUUGGCUAUUGCUCCGUGAUUUUUUACCACACGUCCUGUAACCUUGGAAGUCAGACCUGUUUAUUGUGAGAGGAUGGGACCGCUACUCCUUUCCAUCGCCCUGUGUUUGGGCGCCGCUGUCCCGCAGCAUGUGAAAGCAGCAGAUGGUGAGGAACCAACUUCAGCAGGCCCUUGCCAUCCAAACCCUUGCCACAACAGAGGAACAUGUGAGAUCAGUGAGACCUACAGGGGCGACACCUUUAUUGGUUACGUCUGCAAGUGUCCACCAGGCUUCAGUGGAGUUCACUGCCAACACAAUAUUAACGAAUGCGAAAGGGACCCCUGCAAGAAUGGGGGCAUUUGCACAGAUAUGGUUGCCAACUAUUCCUGUGAAUGCCCAGGGGAGUACAUGGGAAGGAACUGUCAAUACAGAUGCUCUGGACCACUGGGCAUGGAGGGUGGUAUAAUCUCCAACCAACAGAUAACAGCCUCCUCCACCCACCGCGCUCUUUUCGGCUUGCAGAAAUGGUACCCAUACUUUGCACGCCUCAACAAGAAGGGCCUGGUCAAUGCCUGGACUGCUGCCGAAAAUGACAGAUGGCCGUGGAUCCAGAUAAACCUGCAGAGGAGGAUGAGGGUCACGGGCCUAAUUACCCAGGGUGCAAAGCGUAUCGGCAGCCCAGAGUACGUCAAGUCUUACAAAGUAGCCUACAGUGAUGACGGGAAGACCUGGAGAACAUACAAAGUCAAGGGCAGAGAUGAUGAUAUGAUUUUCAGAGGAAACGUCGAUAACAACGCUCCAUCAGCCAACUCCUUCACCCCUCCCAUUGAAGCCCAGUACGUGCGCAUUUACCCCCAAGUCUGCAGGAGGCACUGCACCUUACGCAUGGAGCUGCUCGGUUGUGAGCUAACAGGCUGCUCUGAACCACUAGGAAUGAAGUCAGGCCAUAUCCAGGACUACCAGGUCACGGCCUCAAGCAUCUUCAGGACGCUCAACAUGGACAUGUUCACUUGGGAGCCUGGGAAGGCCCGCUUGGACAAACAGGGCAAGGUCAAUGCCUGGACAGCUGGACACAGCGACCAGUCGCAGUGGCUGCAGGUGGAUUUGCUCGUGCCCACCAAGGUCACAGGCAUCAUCACCCAGGGAGCUAAAGACUUUGGCCAUGUGCAGUUUGUUGGCUCAUACAAACUUGCGUACAGCAACGACGGGGAGCGGUGGAAUAUAUAUCAAGAUGAGAAACAGGGGAAGGACAAGGUAUUCCAAGGGAACUUUGACAACGACACACACCGAAAGAACGUGAUAGAUCCACCCAUCUAUGCUCGGCUCAUCCGGAUCCUCCCCUGGUCAUGGUACGGCAGGAUCACUUUGCGUGCAGAAGUACUCGGAUGCACAGAGGAAGAGUGAAGUCCUGUUCUUCCAUCUUUCUUGCCAUUGUCCCCCGUCCCUUGGCGUACUGGGGUGUCUCAACCCGGUAUUUCAAAAACAAACUGUGCAACCUGUAAAAAGAAAUAAAUUUCCAAUGGAUUUUUCAAGAAUACGUGUUUGGUUGUGGUGGGUUGCUGUUUGUUCUUUUUGUACAAUGAUUUAAAAACCUGCCCUUGAUCCACUUUUGUCUUUAAGUUUCCUCUUUAAAGCGUGAUCUUUGUCUUUUUAUUCUUCUCAAGAAUUACCAUCCUGUUUGGAAUGAACUUCUGUAAUAUAUAUGGGA